AUGAUGACAAUCUCUAGUGAAGUUAGCCAAAAGAAGACAUUAAUAGGUAAUCAGACUCUCAGUGAGAUCCAGAUGACAGCCCUGUGCGGAGGACAGAUGAUGACCCUCAGUGAGAAUCAGACUCUCUAUGGAAGCCAACCAACAACUCUUAAAAGGGGCCAUGUGAUGACCUUCAGGGGUAUUCAGACUCUGAUUGAGGACUAUACCAUGACUUCCAGUGGUGACCAGACCCUCUGUGGGGGUCAGAUGACAAUGGCAAGUAGUAAUCAGAUCCUUUAUAGGUGUCAGAUGACAACCCCUAGUGGUGACCAGACCUACUAUGGGGGUCCGAUGGCAAAUCUCAAUAGUAACCAGACCCUCUAUGGGGGUCAGAUGACAACCCCAGGUGGUGACCAGACCUUUUAUGGGAGUCAGAUGGCAACCCCAGGUGGUGACCAGACCCUCUAUGGGGGUCAGAUGGCAACCCCCGGUGAUGACCAGACCAUCUACGGGGGUCAGAUGGCAACCCCAGGUGGUGACCAGACCCUCUACGGGGGUCAGAUGGCAACCCCCGGUGCUGACCAGACCCUCUACGGGGGUCAGAUGGCAACCCCCGGUGCUGACCAGACCCUCUACGGGGGUCAGAUGGCAACCCCCGGUGCUGACCAGACCCUCUACGGGGGUCAGAUGGCAACCCCUGGUGGUGACCAGACCCUCUACGGGGAUCAGAUGGCAAUCCCCGGUGGUGACCAGACCCUCUACGGCGAUCAGAUGGCAAUCCCCGGUGCUGGUGACGAGACCCUCUACGGCGAUCAGAUGGCAAUCCCCGGUGCUGGUGACGAGACCCUCUAUGGCGAUCAGAUGGCAAUCCCUGGUGGUGACCAGACCCUCUACAGGGGUCAGAUGAUGCCCCAUCAGUCCUCAUCAUUACCAUACCCAGGAUUCCUAAACGAUUCAAGCUCCCCUUUGAUUCAGGGACAAUUCCCAGAAAAUAAGACUCAGAGAUAUCAGUUUCAGAAAAAUUCUGACAUUCUGAAGCCCUAUACCUGCACCUACCAGGACUGUGGGAAAUCUUACACAAAGUUUUCCCACCUCCAAAUCCAUGAGCGCAAACACACUGGGGAUAAGCCCUAUAUAUGCAAUGCGAUAGGAUGCACAUGGAAAUUCACCCGCUCAGAUGAGCUCCGACGCCACAAAAGGAAGCACAGCGGAGAACGGCCCUACCUAUGCACCAGAUGUUGUAAGACUUUUGCACGAUCAGAUCACCUAAAGCAACACGAAAGAGUCCACAGAUAA